CUCUGAGUUCUCACCCAUCGUUCCAAUAGGGAACAGGAAAACCUCGCGAAGAUCGCAAGUUUCGUUCCCAAAUUCUCUAGGUCACGAUCUGGAAACCCUCGAUUUUCCGGAACACUGAUCCCGGAGAAGGAGGUUGAUCCUGCGAAAGGAAAGAGGGAGAAAAACUACAUAGAAAUCUGCCAGCAUCGUCGCCGAUCUUGAUUCAAGUUUUUCAUUUAGGGUUUCGCUACGAAUGGAUUUGUAGAUAGAGAUAGAGAUCGGGAUCAAGGAUAAAAAGAGGGUUUUUUUAGGGUUUAUUGAAGAGAGAGAGAGAGAGAGAGAGAGAGAGAGAAGAGAUGGGGAGAGUGGCAGUUGGUGUGGCGGUGGUGUGCGCGGCGACAGCAGUAGCUGUGGCGGCGGUGGUGGUGCGGAGAAGGGAGAGGAGCAGCGGUAAGUGGGCGAGGGCGGAGGCGGUUGUGAGGGAGUUGGAGGAGAAGUGCGCCACGCCGAUAGCGAAGCUGAGGCAAGUGGCUGAUGCGAUGACGGUGGAGAUGCAUGCUGGGCUUGCGUCUGAGGGUGGGAGCAAGCUCAAGAUGCUCAUCAGCUACGUUGACAAUCUUCCUACUGGGGAUGAGCAUGGAUUGUUUUAUGCAUUGGACUUAGGAGGAACAAACUUCCGUGUUUUGCGUGUACAACUCGGGUGGAGGAAGGGCGUUGUUAAAGAAGAAUCUAUGGAAGUCUCAAUUUCACCAAAUUUAAUGGUCGGAAGUUCUGAUGAACUGUUUGAUUUCAUUGCUGCUGAGUUAGCAAAAUUUGUUGCUUCUGAAGGCGAAGGCUUUCACCUUUCUGCGGGCAGGCAGCGAGAACUUGGUUUUACUUUCUCUUUCCCUGUCCGGCAGACUUCGAUUGCAUCAGGAACUCUGAUUAAGUGGACAAAGGGGUUCUCCAUUGAAGAAACGGUUGGGGAAGAUGUGGUGGUUGAAUUGACAAAAGCCAUGGAACGACAGGGUCUUGAUAUGAGAGUUGCAGCAUUGGUCAAUGAUACAAUUGGAACUUUGGCUGGUGGAAGAUACUAUGAUAAUGAUGUUGUUGCUGCUGUAAUAUUGGGUACUGGAACCAAUGCAGCAUAUGUUGAACGUGCACAUGCAAUUCCUAAAUGGCAUGGUCUUCUGCCUAAAUCAGGAGAAAUGGUAAUUAAUAUGGAAUGGGGGAACUUCCGGUCAUCCCAUCUUCCAUUAAUGGAAUAUGAUCAAGCAUUAGACAGUGAGAGCUUGAACCCUGGUGAACAGAUCUUUGAGAAGCUUAUUUCAGGGAUGUAUUUGGGGGAAGUGCUACGUCUGGUCCUCUUGAAAUUGGCAGAAGAAGCUGCCUUUUUUGGUGAUACCAUUCCCCCUAAACUCAAAACACCCUUUACCUUAAGGACCCCGGAUAUGUCUGCCAUGCAUCAUGAUACAUCUUCUGAUCUGAGAGUUGUCGGGAACAAACUGAAAGAAAACCUCAGCAUCUCCGGAACUUCCCUCAAAGCAAGAAAACUAAUUAUCCAUAUCUGUGACAUCAUUGCCAUGCGUGGGGCUCGUCUAUCUGCAGCAGGAAUAGUGGGCAUACUGAAGAAGCAAGGAAGGGACACUGUGACAAGCUCAGGCAGUAAAAAACAGAGGACAGUGAUUGCCCUGGAUGGAGGGCUGUUCGAACACUACACCAAAUUUAGCCAGUGCAUGGAGAGCACUCUCAAAGAGCUUCUCGGUGAUGAAGUCUCUGAAUCAGUGGUUGUCAAACUUGCCAAUGAUGGCUCAGGGAUCGGUGCAGCCCUUCUGGCUGCGGCGCACUCUCAAUACACCGAGCUUGAGGAGUCAUAAGCAAAAGUACUGAUCCAAAAUUUUAGGUUUCUUUGUUUUCCAUCUUGGUUCUCCCACGCUUCUUCUUUUCGAUUCAAUGUCCUCAAGUUUGGUGCCUGUAGGGCAGCAGGUACAAGUCUUGUGAGGUAGUUAUGAAAGUGAAAAAGUCUUGAGAGUCGUCGGAGUUUAUAAAAUGCAGGAACCGGGUAGUGAGUCCGAGGACAUGAUGCUACUCCGGCCUGUGAUUCUUCCUCUCUUUUAUUGUUGAGGUCUUACUGUUUGGUUUUGGUUUUGGUUUUGUUUUAUUUUAUUUUCUCCCUUGAAGAACCA